ACAUUCUCGACGGCCAGCGCCAUUUUGCGUUUGACUCCGAUCGGGACGGUUAAAGAAUCAUUUGUGAAGCCUUAUUCAUUUCAGUUUCACAUCGUCUUCGUUAGGGAAAAAAAACAGUUUCACAUACUAGGGAGCUUAAUUCGUUUCAGGAGAUGCGUCAGUCCAGCCGAAUGCGUUCCCCGGCCAGGUGGCUCGAUGAAUACCCCUUGGAUGAGAAGUUGGAAAUCCGCAAGCGACGGAAGAGGGACUCGCAUAGCAGCGAGAGGGAGAACAAGUACAGGAAACGUCUCCACCACAGAACAGACGACGGACACUGCCUGGAGCUGAAGACUCAGAACGAGCGCGUGGAGACCAGGGACGCCAGGGAGGAGCCCAGGUCCCGGCGCGACAGCGUGUGUAGCCGUGGCGACCGGGACCGGGACUGGCACCACUACAGCAAGUCCUCCGGCAACAGCGGCCUCAGUCGCCGUAGCAGCCGUCGCCGUAGCGACAGCCGCCGCCGUCGCCGUGGACGCAGGCGUAGCCCCUCCCGCCACGGCUCUCAGUCGAGGACCCAUCGCAGGAAAAGGCCCCGGAGUGUUGAGCGGGAGGAGGAUGAGGAGGAUGAUGAGGAGGGUCAUCUGAUCUAUCACAGUGGACACAUGCUGAGAGGAAGAUAUGAGAUUGUGUGCACGCUUGGCGAGGGAGCCUUUGGGAAGGUGGUGGAGUGCAUCGAUCGUUCAAAGGGCGGCGCCCGUGUGGCGGUGAAGAUCAUUAAGAACAUCGAUCGCUAUCGAGAGGCCGCCAUGUCCGAGGUGGAGGUGCUGGAGCAGAUGAACUCGCUCGACUGCGACCGCCGAUAUGCCUGUGUGCGGAUGCUGGACUGGUUCGACCACCACGGUCACGUCUGCAUCGCGUUCGAGCUGCUCGGGCUGAGCACCUACGACUUCCUCAAAGAGAACGCCUUCCAGCCCUUCCCCAUGGAGCACAUCAGACUCAUGGCACACCAGACCAUCAGAGCUGUGCGCUUCCUCCAUCGGAACAAGCUCACUCACACCGACCUGAAGCCCGAGAACAUCCUCUUCAUCAGCUCCGACUACGACAUGGAGUACAACGCGGCCAUGAAGCGGGAUGAGAGGACGGUGAGGAAGCCGGACGUGAAGGUGGUGGAUUUCGGGAACGCCACCUACGACCACGAGUACCACACCUCCGUGGUGUCCACACGCCACUACCGCGCCCCGGAGGUCAUCCUGGGGCUGGGAUGGGACCGGUCGUGUGAUGUGUGGAGUUUGGGCUGCAUACUGAUAGAGUAUUACCUGGGACAGACACUCUUUCAGACUCAUGACAGUAAGGAGCACUUGGCGAUGAUGGAGAGGGUGCUGGGGCCCAUCCCCACUCACAUGCUGCAGAAGACAAAGAAGCGGCGCUACGUCCACCGCGACCGGCUGGACUGGGACGAGCACGGCUCCUCCGGGAGAUACGUCAGGAAGCACUGCAGACCCCUGAAGCAAUACAUGUCCUCCAAGAGCACCGACCAGGAGCAGCUGUUCGACCUGAUCCAGAAGAUGCUGGAGUACGACCCCUCCAAACGGAUCCCCCUGGACCAGGCCCUCAAACACCCCUUCUUCCACCCGCUGAAGAAGGACCGCAAAAACUGAGCGCUUGGCACUCUCACUGCCUCAGAUCCGCCUCUCCGGGAGAGAUUCCUACCGACUGCAUCAGUCCACCCUGCCAGAACACUGUAUUACUUGCUCAGCCCUAACUUAUUGUGUGUCGUCUCAGGAAACGUACGCUUUGUGUAAAAAAGCCAGUAUCCUCGCCCGUUUUGGCGAAUGGAAUUUUUUACCUUUGGAAAAACUGUAUAAAAUUGUACAAUAAAGAUAAUGUAGAAUGAAAAA